AUGAUUUUAAGGUUUUUCUUGGAAGGCUAUUUGUCUAUGAUUCUGAAUUCAAUGCUCAAUUUAUAGCAUGUAAUUUACAUUUAAGUUAUAGGUUAAUAGUUAGAAUGGGACAGUAAUGGAGAUAAAAUUUCAUCAGUUUUUGCUGUUGCAUUAUUCGCUUUUGAAUCAUUAUAUCCAAUGAUUAUACUGCUUUUGGUUAACAUCUAUUAUAAGAAUUUGAAAGAUUAGAAUAUGAUAAAAAGAAUAGGAUCUAUAUAUAAUGAACUAAGAACUGAUAGCAAAGUCUCAUUACUUUACAAUGUAUUCUUUGUAUUGAGAAGAUUUACAUUUGCGAUGAUGAUUACUAUUUUAUAAGAUCAUCCUAAUGCACAAGUUUAACUUCUAAUUGUUUAAUGUAUUCUGCUCAUUAUUUUCGUGUAAGCAUCUCGACCAUUUGAAUCUACUUUACUGAAUAAUCUUGAGGUCUUCAAUGAGAUUUGUAUUUUAGGAGUAGCUUAUCACCUUCAAAUAUUUACAGAUUACGUUCCAGACGUGAAUAUACAGUAUUCAGCUGGAUGGGCAAUCAUUGCAAUAACAGUUUUCAAUAUAGUGACAAACAUGGGUGUAAUGAUAUACUAAACUUAUUUGUAACUCAAAGUUAAGUUGAAAUAACUACUUUAAAAAUGCAAAAGAUGGAAUAAUAAGAGGAUUAAUGACAGAAUCCAAAAAUAUUAAGAUCUUAAUCAAAAGACUGAUUGGCUCAGUUCUUAGCCUGACCAAUUCAAUAAUACAGAUUUCUUAAACGGUGCAAAAGAUAUACAUGUCAAAGAAAAAGAUGGCUUACUUUACUACGAGCCAUAAAUUAAAUAAAAAAUCAAUCUUAAGCCACUAAUUUAGAUUAAUAACCUCGAAGAUGAAGUUGAUGGUAAUAUUAUUGGAAAUUUCUAGCAACCAUUUGAAAGCCCAAUGAGCAAGAGGAAAUAUAAUUUCUAAAAUCAGUUUGAAAAUCCUGGAGAUGUAGCUUAUCGCUUUCCUUAAGAAUCUUUAGAUUUCUUUAAGAACAUAAGAAAAGAUCAUCAAAGAACAAAAUCCAAGAAUAAAGUAUUGGUUAGUAAUGGGACAAAUUAUUCGAAUGAAGUAUAAAAUUAAAAUAAAACAUUAGUUAAAAGAAGACAUUCUUCCAUCAAUGAGGAAAAUCAAAUAACUCAAUCAUUAGAAAACAUAAAUUCUUAUCAUUUUGGUGAAUAUUCGCAAAAAAGUUAAAUCAAAAGAGAUUUUAGUAGAAGAGUAUCAAUAAAAUAAAGUGUUAACAAAUCUAAAACAAUUAAAGAUCCCUUAAAAUAAGCGAAUUUAUCAAAGUAGUGA